AAUGAAGAGGAAGCUGAUGAGGAUGAGUUUUCUGACCUACCUGGAAUGCCAGCAAGGUUCACUUUUCAAUCACUCCAAGUAGCAACAAAAGAUUUCAGCAGUAAGAUUGGGGAAGGAGGAUUCGGCUCUGUCUUCAAGGGAGACUUAGGCAAUCGACUGGUUGCAGUAAAACAUUUGCAUCAAGCAGUUCAAGGAACAAAAGAAUUCCUUGCUGAAGUCCAGACAAUUGGCAGCCUUCAUCACAUCAAUCUGGUAAGGCUAAUUGGUUUCUGCACAGACAAAUCAAACAUGCUAUUAGUCUAUGAGUACAUGUCAAAAGGAUCUCUAGAUAAGUGGAUCUACUGUGGAGAUAACAAAGCUCCACUUGAAUGGCACACAAGAUGCAAGAUUAUAACUAACGUAGCCAAGGGCCUAUCUUAUCUUCAUGAGGACUGUAGGCAGAGAAUUGCUCACCUUGACAUCAAGCCACAGAAUAUCCUCUUAGAUGACAACUUUAAUGCUAAAGUUGCUGAUUUUGGGCUAUCUAAACUAAUAGAAAGGGAUCAGAGCAGUGUAAUUACCAGAAUGAGGGGCACACCUGGAUACAUGGCGCCUGAGUGGUUAACAUCGAAAAUCACCGAGAAGGUUGAUGUAUAUAGCUUUGGUAUAGUGCUCAUGGAAAUCAUCUGUGGAAGAAAAAACCUAGACUACUCACAACCUGAAGAUAGCAUUCAGCUCAUCAGCUUGCUGCAGGAUAAGGCGAAGAAUGGCAAGUUGGAGGAAAUGAUCGACAGAAACAGUGAAGACAUGCGUAUACACAAGGAAGAAGUGAUUGAGAUGAUGAAUCUUGCAAUUUGGUGUCUACAGAGUGACAGCAGUAGAAGGCCUGCCAUGUCAUUGGUGGUGAAGGUCAUGGAAGGAGAAAGGCAAGUGGAACCAAACUUAGAGAUAACUUCUUUGAUCUAA